AUGCAGAGCAGAUCGGCGUCAAUCUCAGCUAGGAAAGACGGUGUUACAUCUAGCUACGACUCGCAAUCCUCUCGCUCAACCCAUAACAUCUCAACGCCUCGCCAUCGCAGCCCCUUAUACGCACUAGACAACAGAGACUAUGAGAACAACCAUGAACAAGAGCAGAAACCUGAGUGCGAGCACGAGGAGAAUAGCCCAGACUCAUCUCAUGUAACAAGGGGCUUCCGAAUUCGACGCUUCGCUUCUCGUCUCAAUCGCAAAGAUGUGGUUCCUCGCACUCACGCAUCUGUGGAACCCAAUUCCAAGCCAAUAGUUGGUUCCUCAAGAGUUCCUACCCCGAAUAUUUUGCCUGAGAAUGACCUCUACUCCCACUCGGCAUGUCUGAAAGAAGGAAGGAGUGUGUUAUCCUGUCUAGGAAGACGAGGGACUGUGGAAAGCCGGGAAAAGCAUAACAUGUCUGAAAGCCGGACGAGCAUGCCUACACUACAAGGAAACAUUACUUCUCAACAUCAGGAUCGGCAAUUUGUUAUGGUUAGAACACAAUCUGUUCAUGGCUACAAUGGCCGUGAAAGUACGCCUGCGGAGAUGAGGGUUUCAGCACCAGCACCGGCGCCUAUUAGGAAAGAGCGACGAGUAAGUGGUAGUUACAGCAGCAACAGCGACAGCGACAGGCUGUCUUCUCUAGAGGCCUCUUCCGCAGCAACGACGAGGAACACAAUGGCACUCCCCAGACGCACCCGGUUGUCUAAGGGCUUUGAGGACUUCAAAAUGCAAUCGCCCCAGCAGACAAAGUUGCCCAUACCGGUACAGAACCCGAACUCUAGCCUAGCAGGAGAAACGAAUCAAAUACAGAAAACGCAAUUACAAACGCAGACUCACGAACAAGCCAAAGAAAACAACUCCCCCAAGGCAUACCCGAUGAACCUACAGCACCCCACAGCACUUGCCCCAGUAGAUGCAGACGGGAACCGGGCCACCCCCAAAGGUGCAAAUGAACUAGGAUCCAAGCUACCUCUAGUGAGCAGCAGCAUUACCAGACGGAGGGUCCAAAUAGAGAAAAUGGUACCAACACCACUGCCACCAACUGUCCCUCCUCAUAUUGUUACUAUCCCAGGGCGGGCUCCAUCUCGUGUGUUCAAUCCCAAGACGAGAACAAAACUAACACCGCAAUUCAAUGAUCGGCCACAGGUCGAAACAGCCAUGCCUCAGGCAUACUGGCUUGGUCGGUUCAUGACUCUCACAAACGCAUUUCAGUACGAGGAUUCCUUCAACGAGCCGGAUAUUGCGACGGGAUUCGAAAUGCCUUCAAGCUACUCGCGACCAUUUCAGCGCUCGCAUGAUGGCGAUUUGGCCGGAUAUCGAGUGAAAAGGGCGUUUAUGGUGCUAGAGAAUGUUUGUGCAACGGAAGAGGCGAGUGCAAGCUUGCGUGAGUUUCGAGAUGAAUACAUUUGUCAGUUUGGAGAUUCGUGGAUGGCUUAA